AUGUACACAGCACAUACCAACCCCCUCAACCAGGUGCGGAGCCCACGGUUGGCCAGUGCAUCCCACGGCACCGUCGACCAGUCUGUCUCUGCGCAGUCAGAAGGUUAGAGUGAGGACAAGAAAGCCAGAAGAUGCAUGCAGGCAGACAGCCACACCUGUUCUUUGCCUCCCUCUCAUUGUGUAUAUGCAGGUGGUGUCGUGACCGAGCCAUUCCGGCCGCUGUGGCCGAGCAAUCAGCAGCAUCCCGCCCUCCGGCGGCGUUCUUCUCCAUCCUCAACGGCCAUCAGAAACCCAGGUGGGAGGGUGGGGACACUGCCCACGUGCCAUCUAUCACUCGACCAUGGCCAUGGCCGUGUCCAUUCACCCCCGUAUCAGAUAAGGAGGAGGGGCAGAAGGAGGGGUGAUGUGCUUUUGUGCCAGAUGCUAAGAUGGUGGUGGAGCCUUCGCCUGCAGCAUCUGCAACGGCCGCGCCACCGCCUCUGGUGAGCGACACUCAUUGACACCCAUCCAUUCAUCCGUGCCCAAAUACAUGCCCCUGUCUGUGUUUCCUCCAGCUGAUCGUGAAGGAGAGUUGGGGCUAGUCGUCAGCGUCUUCAUAGCGCUCGACGAGCAUACCGCGAUCGAUCGGUACAACGAGUGGCUGGUCCAGGGAGGGCCUUCGGUCAGCAAGCAUGCACCUUGUUGGCCAUCAGCAUACCAGCUGCUUGUGUUUGCUUGUAUGCCUGUCAGGCUCCUUGAUAGAGGAGAUGUGAUAGCUUCGGCGAGCCAUCACUUCACGCAGCCUUCCUGUGCCCAGUUGCCGAAGUGCCCGCAAGCGUUGGACAGCAGAGAGCAGGUAGAAUACCACCACACCCCACUGCUGUCUACGCUUGCACGGAUGUGUGCGCCGCUGCCAUGCAGGGGUAUGAGUCGGGGGAGUCGGUGAACGUUUCUAUCACUGGCGUCGUGAAUCUGCAGCGCCACAGCGUGCAGAUCGACUCGGGAGACGAUGCGCGCCUUCUCCCCACCCCCACCCACUGGCGGGUCAGUGCACUAAUGUCUCUCGUCUUCUUGCGUGCACCUUCACCAUCCCCUCGUCGUCUUUGCGCCUCUGCUCUCCUGCGCCUCCUCAGGUGAGGGUGGUUUAUUGGCGGCCCUUCCAUGCAGCGCAAGUGCACGUGGCUGCAGCAGCAAUGGGGCUACAUAGAUAG